CCGUUGGAUGCUCUCCCGCGCUUUCCUCCUAAAACCGUUGCCCAUGGCGCCAUGAAAAUAUCAUCUCAAUGGCGGAAACCCUUUUCAGUCGACUCAUUAAAGCAGCACUGCACUUCAGUAGCAAACUGCAAGCAAGCUCACUCCUUCCUCCUCAGAUUCGACCUCCUCCAGGAGAAUAUCCUUUCCAGCAAACUCCUUUCCUUCCUUGCCCUCUCUCCCACCGGCGACCUCAAAUACGCCCACCAGCUAUUCGACCAAUUGUCCAGCCCGGAUAGCUUCAUCUGGAACACCAUCAUCCGCGGCCACGCGAGAAGUUCCAACCCCUCUCAAGCCAUCUCCUUCUUUCACCAUAUGGUUAGCUCCGGCGUACCUCCGGACCACCACUCCUACCCCUUCGUUCUCACUGCCUGUGCUCGGAUGCCAUCCCCGGCACUUGGCAAGAAGUUUCACGCUGAAACAUUUAAGUUUGGUCUUGGAUCCGAUGUUUUCGUUCUGAAUUCCUUGAUUCAGAUGUAUGCUUGUUGCGGGCUCGUUGUUGAUGCCCGCAAGCUGUUUGAUGGAAAUCCUCUCAGAGAUGUAGUGUCAUGGAAUGUCAUGAUAAGAGGAUUUGUUAAGAGAGGGGAAUUCGACGACGCUUUUCGUUGUUUUGAUGAUAUGAUUCGAGCCCAAAAUAGGAGUCCUGACCCCGUGACGAUGAUUUCUUUGUUGUCUGCAUGCUCUCAGUUAGGCGAUUUUGAUCGAGGUCGCUGGCUCCACUUGUAUUCCUCGGGCCUCGGAUUCGUUCCAUCAAAUCUCCAAUUAGGAAAUGCGAUCCUUUGCAUGUACUGCAAAUGCAUGGAUUUGCUGUCAGCAAAGAACUUUUUCGACGAAAUGGGUGAAAAGGAUUUACUCACAUGGACCACCAUGAUCAAUGGCUUCUCUAAUUUAGGCAAUUUUCGUGACGCUUUGGACUUCUUUAGCCAGAUGCAGGACGAAGGAAUUUGUCCUGAUGAGGUCGUCCUUGGAACCAUACUUUCGGUUUGUGCUCAGCUUGGAGCUCUCGAGGAAGGAAAAUACGUUCAUCAUUUGAUCGAAAAAUAUAACGUGAAACGCGAUGUUGUUCUUCAGACUGCCCUUGUCGAUAUGUACGCCAAAUGUGGGAGAGUAGAGUUUGCCAUGCAAGUUUUUAAGAAGAUGAAGGAGAGGAAUGUGUUCACAUGGAAUGCAAUGAUUGGUGGACUAGCUCUUCAUGGACAUGGCCAUCAGGCAUUAUGUCUCUACGAAGAAAUGAAGCAGGAAGAAGAAGAGCCUGAUGAUGUGACUUUCAUAGGGCUUCUACUAGGUUGCAGCCAUUCUGGAUUGGUUAAAUCCGGGCUCAAAGUUUUUAAUGAAAUGGAAGAUGUGUACCACAUAAAUCCUAGGAUGGAGCACUAUGGAUGUGUAGUUGAUCUCUUAUGCAGAUCAGGAUUAGUGGAAGAAGCUCUGGAUUUUAUAAAGAAGAUGCCUGUCAAGCCAAAUGAGGUUAUGUGGGCUAGCCUUUUUGGAGCUUGUAGGGUUCUUGGACAUACAAAGAUUGCAGAGAUGAUGAGUACGAGCAUGUUUGAGUCGGAUAUUGAGCCAUCCGGUCGAUAUGUGAUUCUAUCGAACCUGUACGCUGGAGUCCGUCGGUGGGAUGAAGCCUUAAAAGUAAGAAACCUGAUGAGAGCUAAAGGAAUUAAUAAAGUUCCAGGAUUGAGUUGGAUUGAACUGAAUGGCAUAGUUCACCAAUUUGUGGCAGGAGAUAGAUCACAUAACCAAACUGAGGAUAUAUAUGUGAUGGUUACAGAAAUGUGUCAGCGGGUUAAAUUAGCUGGUCAUGUGGCAGGUACCACUGAUGUGUUGUUUGACAUAGAGGACGAAGAGAAGGAACAUUCUUUAUUUUUUCAUAGUGAGAAGCUGGCUGUUGCUUUUGGGUUGAUGAGCACAGCUCCGGGUUCGGAUAUCAGAAUAACAAAAAAUUUACGAGUUUGUCGGGACUGCCAUGUCUUUCUAAAGGCUAUAUCUAAGACCUUCCACCGAGAGAUCGUCGCUAGGGACAGAAGUCGGUUUCACCAUUUCAGAGGAGGAUUAUGUUCUUGCAAGGAUUUCUGGUAGUUGCUGGCAAUCAAAAUAUGUAAGGUAUGCAUUUAUUGUGAAUUUAUAUUAUUUUCAAAAGAAAUUUACGUGUGAUUUUUAGAUUUGGAGUAUGUAUCUACCUACACAAAUAUAAUGUCUACCUAACAUGUUGGAGAUGUUAGCUGGGCUAUUUACAUUCAAAACUUGUUCUCUCUAGUUGAGAUAUUCUGA